AUGGGAAAACCACGAAUGAUAAUUCUCGUGCGGCACGCCCAGUCAGAGGGCAACAAGAACCGCGACAUACACCAAUUCAUCCCCGACCACCGCGUGAAACUCACAGCAGAGGGCCAAAACCAGGCUGAAGAAGCAGGACACAGGCUCCGCUCGAUGCUCAAGCCCGACGACACCCUCCAGUUCUUUACCUCGCCCUACCGACGUACUCGCGAGACCACCGAAGGCAUCCUCAGGUCUUUGACCUCAGACGAACCCACCCCCUCGCCGUUCCCCCGCCACAAGAUCAAAGUGUUUGAAGAGCCUCGACUCCGCGAGCAGGACUUUGGCAACUUCCAGCCAUGUUCUGCGGAAAUGGAGAGGAUGUGGCAAGAGCGGGCCGACUAUGGCCAUUUCUUCUACCGCAUCCCCAGUGGCGAGAGUGCUGCCGAUGCAUAUGACCGCGUUAGUGGCUUCAAUGAGAGCAUGUGGCGGUCAUUUGGAGAAGAGGACUUUCCAAGCGUCUGCGUGCUGGUCACACAUGGGCUUAUGACGAGAGUCUUCUUGAUGAAGUGGUAUCACUGGUCUGUGGAAUACUUCGAAGACCUCCGGAACGUCAACCACUGCGAAUUCAUCGUCAUGAAGCAAAGCCAAUCCAACGGCCGCUACAUCCUCCAGAACGAGCUACGCACUUGGUCUGAACUCAAACGCCGUGCCGGCUCUCUCGAGAAGCACUCCGCCAGUACCACCUCCUUAACUUCCUCCAAAGGUCCCCCUCCACCCCCUUACACGUCCUCUCCAACCAUCCCCGUGCGCCGCUGGGGCGGCUGCGCCAACGGCUGCAACCACUCCCAAAUCGUCUUCCCCCGCCGCGCCAAGCGCCAGAACACGGCGGACUUCACAAACAACACCUCCCUCCCCGCGCCCGCCCUCCCUACCACCACCCCGAAAACCAACGAUGACCCCCCUAUCCACACCCACACCAGCUCCAAGCCCUCCCAGCAAGAACCAGACGCCCUCCCCCCCACCAUCGCCGAACCCACCCCCUCCAAAAACCCCCGCAAAGCCAGCACCGCCUCCACCUCCACCAAACCCCCUGAGACCCUCCUCCCCCCAAUGUCCCCCAACGACGCCUCCGCCUCGGCCGACCCCCUCUCCACCUCCUCCUCCGACGGGCCCAACACCUCGGAACAGGAAGACGCCGCCACCGCUAUCCCGCUGACCCGCUACCCGCCCGCGCCCCGCGACCCCUCUGUCCUGCGCCACCUGCACCCGGGCCGCGACUUUGGCGGCUCGCGCUCGGGCGCCGGCACGCCCGGCAGCGAGCCAACAGGGGGGCUGUCAGACGACAGCGACUAUUUCCCGAAUAUGCACCAGCACCACCAUCAGCAGCACCAGCAGCAGCAGCAGCAUCAUGGGGGGCAUCAUGGGCAUGCGAAGCCGAAAGCGGAGGCGGCCGGGAAGCAGGGGAGUCGGUUUCGGGGGCAGCGGGACAGGGAGAGGGAGAGGGAUAGCGCGCAGAGUCGGGAGCGGAAGGUGGUGAUGCGGAAGAUGAGCGAGGCGGAGUGGGUCGCGGAGAGCGGGAUGGGCAGUGGGGCACGGGCGGAUGCGCUGGGGGAUGGGGAUGAGGUGAGUGAUGAUUUGGGGCAAGUGACGGGGAAGCCGGGGGGAAAGGAGAGGGAGAGGGAAAGGGAGAAGCCGAUUUUGGAAGAGGCGUUGAAGGGGUGUAUGGAGUGUGAGGAGGGGGAGGAUGGAGAUGGGGAGGAAGAGGAGGAUGGAGAGAGGCUGGAUGAGAGUGUGAGAGACGGGAAGGUGGGGGCCGAGGAGGUGGAGAGGUUGAAGGCGGUGGAGAGGUGUGGGUUUGGGGAGGUGUAUUGAGCGUGUGUUUGUCUGGGCUAGAUAUCACCAAGGGGUUGCGCGUCGCACGAUUCUCGUAUGCUGCGGCUAUGAAUUAUGAACUUAAGAUAACCUAGACUGAUAAAUGGGGGUUUGGCGUUGGUCUUUAGACGGGCUGGGGUGGCAGAUAGAACGACUGAAGAUAUCUAGAUACGUCUUCGGCGAACCAGAAAGAACUUAUAUUGCGUUUGGAUCAUUCGGCCUGGAGUGUCAUAUCGAUUACCAAAAAGGUACUUGCAAG